GUUUGAAACUUACUUGUUAACUAAAUCUUGCAGCACUGAUCCACUUGCCAUGAGUAGAGGUGGGAGCUACGGCGGCGGGCAAAGUUCCUUGGGCUACCUCUUUGGUGCUGAUAAGCAACCAAGUGCACCAGCUGUAACACCACCGAUCCAGCCACCAUAUGGUAUAGAUAUUACCCCAGAGAUGCCUCCGGCUCCAAAAAAACCAAGUUCAGAGAAACGGACAGAGAAAAACGUCAGCAACAACUAUCAUAGGGCUCAAGGACAGAACUCGGGGAACUUCAUAACUGAUCGCCCAUCAACAAAAGUUAAAUCAGUUCCGGGUGGAGAUUCCUCUCUUGGGUACCUCUUUGGAGACAAGUGAUGCUUCCUUCUUACAAGUUUAAGUAUUUUACUUGAUUGCUUCCAAAAAAGGGAUUGAAGUUAACAUAUAAGUGGGUUUUAAAUAUUAUAUACAUCUGCUGUUCUUGCCAAAUAAGGGAUUCAGUUCCCAUAUCAUUGUUGAAUUUGCAAGGGUCCUUUCUAUUAUAUUAGCAUCGUGUGGUGUUUAAGUUUUCAUAACUCUGUAAAAAAAGAAAGAAAAAAAAUGGUUUUCAGUCAUGAAGAAAUCUAUAAGUCGAAUGUAUGUGUUCCCUGCAGAAGUUCAGGUUCAUGUCAAUGUGUGGCUUUUUGAUGAGCAAUAAUUGAUGAGGUUUGUUUUUUACAUUCAGUUCCCAAAUU